UCAGUGUGAAAGGAAAUGAAAUGGAGUCACCUCACCAAACACGCGUGCAGGACAACGACAACCUCAGGAUCAUGACGGCAGGAGCAGUUCUGAAGAAAGUGAAGUCUCGUAUGUGGAAGAGACAGCGUCAUUACAAGUUACUGGAGGACUGUAAGACUGUGGCUUACAAGUCCAGUUGGGCCAGGAGCAGUUAUUCCACCUUCUCUGUGUGUGACGUGGAGGCGGUGCGGGAAGGCCAUCAGUCCGAGGUCCUCCUGAGCAUGGCUGAUGAGCUCCCCGAGGAGCGCUGCUUCACGCUGGUGUUCCGCGGCCGCCGGGGGAAUCUGGACCUCGUGGCCGAGUCGGCGGAGGAAGCCCGGGCCUGGAUACAAGGCAUGCGUACGCUGAUAGCGAACAUAGAGAACAUGGAUGACAGUGAGAAAUACGACCAAUGGGUGUCUGACUGGUUUAUGAAGGCCGACAAAAACAAGGACGGAAAAAUGAAUUUCAAGGAAGUGCAGACGCUGCUCAAGAUGAUGAACCUGGACAUGAAUGAGGAGCACGCUCAUUUUCUGUUCACGAUGGCUGACAAGUCCCACACUGGAUCUUUAGAUGGGGAGGAGUUUGUGCACUUUUAUAAGAUGCUGACGGAGAGGAGAGAAGUGCUGGACUUGUUUAAGGAGUACUCCAGUGACGGGCAGACGCUGUCCCAGUGUGAUCUGGAGGAGUUCUUACGAGAGGAGCAGAUGGAGGGGGAGAGUAGUCAGGCGCUUGCUUUGGAGCUAAUCGACCGCUACGAGCCUUCGGUCAUUGCAAAGACACAUCAGUGCAUGUCCAUAGACGGAUUCCUGAUGUAUCUGACCUCUCCUGCCGGCUCCAUCUUUAACCCGGGGUGUCAGAGCCUGUACCAGGACAUGAGCCAGCCUCUCUCCCACUACUUCAUCUCCUCCUCCCAUAACACUUACCUGCUGGAGGACCAGCUCAGGGGACCCAGCAGCGUGGAAGCCUACAUCCAGGCGCUGAAGCGUGGCUGUCGGUGUGUGGAAGUGGACUGCUGGGAUGGGUCUAACGGGGAGCCCGUCGUUUACCACGGAUACACCCUCACAUCCAAGAUCCUCUUCAAAGAUGUCAUCAGCACCAUAGCCAGCUACGCUUUCAGGGUGAGCAGUUACCCGGUCAUCCUGUCCAUUGAAAACCACUGCAGUAUAGAACAACAGAGGGUGAUGGCUGGUCAUCUGAGAGAGAUCCUGGGAGACACGCUGCUGAGGACCACAGUGGACGGCAAGAUCCCCAGCGCGCUGCCUUCCCCUGGGGAGCUGAGAGGAAAGAUCCUUGUGAAAGGGAAGAAGAUAGGAGGACUAGAGGAGAGUUUGGCUGGAGUGGAGGGUGACACAGGGGAGGUGAGCGAUGAGGAUGAGGCCGCAGAAAUGGAAAAGGAGGGUUCGUCGGCGGAGAACACGACGUCCGAAAAGAAGAAAUCAAAGCAAAGCCUGUGUAAGGAAUUAUCAGAUCUCGUGGUUUACUGUAAGAGCGUCCACUUCAGCAGCUUCGAGCACUCCCGCGGCGCUGCCAAACCGUAUGAGAUGUCCUCCUUCUCAGAGUCCAAGGCUCGCAAACUCACCAAAGAGACAGGCGCUGAGUUCGUCCAACACAACACACGUCAGCUGACCAGGGUGUAUCCCAGCGGCAUGAGAACAGACUCUUCCAACUACUGUCCUCAGGACAUGUGGAAUGUGGGCUGUCAAAUAGUGGCGCUGAACUUCCAGACGGCAGGCCUGGAGAUGGACCUAAACGACGGGCUCUUCUGUCAGAACGAUCGCUGCGGUUACGUCCUUAAACCUGAGAUUCUGCGUGACCCGAACAGCGGAUUUGACCCAGAGAUGCCCCAGAGCUGUCCCGGCUACCACCCUGUCACUCUCUCCAUUCUGGUGAUUAGUGGUCAGCAGCUUCCGAAGACUAAGAAGAAGGAAGGUUCCAUAGGGGACCCACUGGUGAGAGUGGAGAUUUAUGGUGUCUCCAUGGACCAGGCUAAACUGGAAACCGCUCACGUGGAGAACAACGGAUUUAAUCCAUGCUGGAAUGAAACCCUUAACUUUACUCUUCACUGCCCUGAACUGGCACUGGUACGCUUUGUUGUUGAGGACCAUGACAAGACAUCAAAGAAUGAUUUUAUAGGACAAUACACAUUACCUUUCACUUGUAUGCAGCCUGGAUAUCGUCACGUCCACCUGCUGUCUAAAGAUGGGACAAGUAUUCCACCGUCCUCCCUCUACGUUCACGUAAAGAUCACAGAACUUUCCUCGCUGACACCGAUGGAUUUGCAGCAUGAAAAAUAA